AUGAAAAUGGAGGAGCAAGACCCGGUGGGCGAGGGGACGAGGAGGAACGACCCCUGGGCGCUCCAGCCCGAGACCGUGGGGGAAUUCCUUCCGAAGACGCUGGGAGAAGAGAUUAAGCAGGAAGCGGACGAGGGGUCCCUGCAGCAGUGGGAGGCCCAGUGGCAAGAGUUCCUGAAGACGGUGGAAUCCCCUCCGUUGGGACGGGCGUCCCCGAGUUUGCCGGAAGAGGCCUGGGACGACACCAAGGCCUUCCUGGCCUCCUUCGAGCAAGUGGCCAAAGCCUGCCGCUGGCCCAAGGAAGAGUGGGCAGCCCGGCUCCUGCCGGCCCUCAGCGGAGAGGCCGAGCGGGCCUUUGGCAACUUGGAGGCCGCGGACAGAGAGGAUUAUGGGAAAGUGAAGGCGGCCAUCUUGCGAGGGGACGCCAUGCGGCAGGAGGAGCAGCGCCAGCGCUUCCGGCGCUUCCGCUACCAGGAGGCCGAGGGUCCCGGAGGGGCUCACAGCAGCCUCCAGGAGCUCUGCCGGCAGUGGCUGAGAGUCGAGAGUCGCAGCAAGGAGGAGAUCUUGGAGCUGCUGAUCCUGGAGCAGUUCCUGGCCGUCCUGCCGCCGGAGAUGCAGAGCUGGGUCAGGCCGCGCGGGCCGGAGACCUGCUCCCAGGCGGUGGCCCUGGCGGACGACUUCCUGCUGAGGCUGCGGGGAGCCAAGAAGCCAUCCAAGCAGGUGACGCAUGUUCGCUGCCGGGCUUGCGGUGCAGCGGCAUAACCGCGGGCCCAUUCAGCAAAGCUAAGCAGGGUCCGGUAUGGUUUCGAAUUGGAUGGGGGACCGCAUGUUGAGAUGGGGGUUGGACAAAAUGACUCUUGAGGUCCCUUCCAACUCCGUGCUGGAGCAGGGGUUGAGAAGGGAAGCUGCUGGUCGUGGUAUAUUAUUAUUAUUAUUAUUAUUAUUAUGUUCUUUGAUGAGAGUUUGCCUAAGAACCCCAUGAAUACUAACCUCCAGUUCCGUGAUGAAGGAAAGGCAAGCUCUUGGUGUAUAUAGGGGCAGCCAUGAUUAUGAUUAUGAUUAUGAUUAUUUCUUUCCACAGGACCUGUAAGACAGAGUUUGGCUUGGAGCCUGGCCUUUGGCUUGGAGCCAAUUUGAUUCCCUCCUCCUCUUUCUCUUUUCUUUUUCCUUUCUCCUCCUGUGAUGAGGCUGCAUUCUAAUAUUUUAAUGUUUCAAUAUUUUAAUGUUGUAUUUUAAUCUUGUUUUUAAGUUGUAUUCAUUCAGCUUGUUUUUAUUACUGCUUGCUAGCCGCCCUGAGCCCGGCCUUGGCUGGGGAGGGCGGGGUAUAAAUAAAAAUUAUUAUUAUUAUUAUUAUUAUUAUUAUUAUUGUUGUUGUAUUGAGGUCCUGAGCUAUGUUAGUGACUGAUUUGUUUUUGAGAGGUGCACAUAAAUGUGUACAUGCAAUUAAAAAAAAAAACAAGAAAUUCAGCCCUCCUUUAUUCUUCCCCCCAUAAGUGUUGAAGGAGCAGCCAUGUACUGGGUGUGAAAGAGGAUUAGGACGAUCCCUUUAGCUCUCCUCUGAAUGGGUUUCCCUCUGCUGUUACAGGCGGCAUUUGAGGAGACGGAUACAAGCCGGGCCUUGUCUGAUAUCGAGCCGAAGCAACUGUGCGUGGCGGCAAAGCAGGAAGAUGACAACAGGGAGGCAAGCCUGUUGGGUAAGGAGGGGAUGGUUUCUGGAACCUUCUGGAAUGUUCUGGAACAUUCUUAACCUCAGACCCCUAAGACUCUUCCCAGACCACAUGCCCCUCUGCCUGAGGUCACACCUGUCAUCAUCAUCAUCAUCAUCAUCAUUUAUUGAAUUUAUAAACCGCCCUAUACCCAAAGGUCUCAGGGUGGUUCACAAAGAAGCCACUAGCCUGGCUCCACACCUGCCUUGAAUAUUUUUGCCUACAAUUCCCACAGUUCCCUGAGAGGAGGCAUCGGGUUGUUGUUUUGAAUACUUAAAUGUGUUUUAUUCCAUCAUACAUAUGAUGUACACACACAAAGGUAAAAAAUACAGAAAUAUCAGAAAGAGGGCCAUGUGUCCCUUCUCUUAAUCUGCCAAAAUUGGAAGGUGUGAGAAGACGUUUGUGAGCAGAAACAUUAAGAGGUCCAUUAUUUCCCAUAUUGGUAGUGCCAAAGAAUCCUGGAGGUUAGUUGUUAUUGGUGGAAAUGAUAUUGUACACACAAUAUUAAAAUGUUCCGUAUCUUCUUGGCCUCGGAAACCAAUAUAUUGUGGGUUAUAUUUUCUGCCAUCUCCUGGUUCCAUACAUUUUUACACACCAGAGAUAUCUGCAGGCCUUCCAGAAUCUUCCGUUUUUGUCCUCUGCCAGCAGCCACGUUGCCAGUUCUUUAGGUUGCAGUCUUUAUAUGGAAGCUGCAAGGUCAUUUGUCCAGUAUUUCUUUAAGGUAAUAGAUACCUCCUGAUACACAUUGGACCAGAAUUUUUUUUACCAGUGAGCACUCGCAAAAUAAGUGGGGGGAAAUAUUCCUCAUGCUCAACAUCCCCACCAGCAAAGAUAUGUCAUUCUUGAAGGAAUUGAUUGUUCAACCACUCUGGGAAUUGUAGCUCUGUGGGGGGAAUAGGGGGUCUCCUGGCAACUCUCAGCAGCCUCAACAAACUACAUUUCCCACAAUUCUUUGGUAUAGUACUGCUUUAAAUGUAUAAUACGGAGUGGGGCCUCUGAGUCAGCCCUAACCAAACCUCAGAGGAGCAGAGCAACAUUUAUUUGUUUUAUGGCAUUGCAUUUAUAGCCCACUUUUUUUGUCCACGGAGCCCAAGAUGGCAUAAUUUAAUCCCCACCAGCUGAGAGGCAGUGACUGGCUCAAGGUCUCCCAGUUAGCUUCAUGACCCAAGGAGAGAUUUGAACUCUGGUCUCCCAGGUCCUAGUCCAGAAUUUUCACCACGACACCAUGCUGGCUUAUGUGGUAGGUCAACAUUUUCUCAACAUCUUUGAGGUCCCCACGUUCCUCCCCCUGCUUUAGAAGACCGGUUUGAGAGAUUUAGUUUUCUCUGUUGGGUCCUUUAUUGAGUUCCUCCUCUUAAUUUCAACAGGCGAUGAGUGGAAAAGCAAGAGCGAAGGGGAGCUGUGUGGGGAUUUCUCAGGAAGAGCCAAGUACGAAGAGCUGAAAGAGAAUUUCUGGAGCCAAGAGAGACCUGCGUCCAUCCCUCACCAGGGUGGAGACUUCCACGAAACCCUGGUCCAAAAGGAAAACCAAACAGAAAAAAGAGGGAGCGGUUUCCCCAGUGAUCACUGGGGAAUCCACACAGAGGAGAAGCAAAAUAAGACCGCAAUGUUUGGGAGGGACUUUAUUGAGAGCAGACAGCUUACCAAAUGUGCAACACUCCAGAAGGAGGAAAACACGUAUAUAUAUCUGGAUGGUGGAGAGAGUUUCAGUCACGGUUCAGAUCUUAGAUCACAUCAAGAUGCCCCCAGAGGUGACGAACAGUAUAAAUGCUCGGACACAAACAAGAGCUUCUGUGAUCAGUCCGACCUUCCUAAACAUCCGAGAAUCCCCAAAGGGGAGAAGCAGUACAAAUGCUUGGAGUGCGGGAAGUGCUUCGGUCGGAGCGCGCACCUCACUUCGCACCAGAUAAUCCACACCGGGGAGAAACCGUACCAGUGCCUGGAGUGCGGGAAGAGCUUCGUACAGAGCGCCCACCUCGCUUCGCACCAGAUAAUCCACACUGGGGAGAAACCGUACCAGUGCCUGGAGUGCGGGAAGAGCUUCAACAAGAGCACAAACUUCCUCAGGCACCAGAAGCUCCACAAAGGGGAGAAACCGCACCAGUGCACGGACUGCAGCAAGAGUUUCUCGGACAAGCCCAGCCUCAUCCAACACCAGCGAGUCCACACCGGUGAGAAGCCCUACAAAUGCUUGGAGUGCGGGAAGAGUUUCAGCCACAGGGGGAGCCUUAGCGCACACCAGAGAAUGCACACAGGGGAGAGGCCAUAUAUGUGCUCUGACUGUGGCAAAAGCUUCCGUGACCAGUCGAGCCUCAUUAGGCACAAGAGGAUCCACACCGGGGAGAAACCGUAUACGUGUUCCGAGUGCGGGAAGAGCUUCAGCCAGAGCACCAACCUCACUUUACAUCAGAGAAUCCACACGGAAGGGAAGAUGCCCUCCGAACCUGCCCACAUGCUUAACGCGGGAAUGGCCGUCUUAGUAUUUUCCACGAAUCCUGCCAACGGCCUGGUGGCAUCGUAGAAGUCGACAUGGUUAUUGCAGCAUGUUAAUAUGCCACAGACUAGAAUUCCCUUAAUCACAUGUACGUUUUAGGACAACAGAUGGAUCCGUUCCUUUCGGAGCCACACCCAUCCUUGGUUUCUGAAGCUAGGAAGGUAGUUAGAAGCAACAGAGUCUUAACAGUAGUUGUUUUUAAUGUUCUCUCUGGAACUUUUCCCAUUGUUUUGUUGGUGCGUUUUGGUGGGAUGGCAUGAAUCACUUCAUGGUAAUUAAUUUUUAUGUAAACAGAAUAAAAUAAGGAUACAACUGUGUAACUAUUUGGAGUGAAAUGGGUUCCGGACAAAGCACGUUUCUGAAAUUCACAUGAAAGUGCCCAUGUGGGGAAAAUGAGUGAGAUCUGCAACAAAGUGUUGCAUCAUGGAGCGCCUCCUGUUGAGGGUGCCAGCCUGCCAGCCA